UACUUGCUCUGCAAAGCCGCAGCCUGAAUCAACUUCCACCAGCCCGCGCCACUUGCUCCAAUUUGAACCUUUACCCCCGACAGAGCAUCGCGUCUGCUGCAGUUUCCGCUAUUCGCCUCAGCUGUACUGCGGCGCAUUUUCCACCAGAACUCCCGCUGCUCGACUCUUUGCGCAUCGACCUCCCGCUUCUCAGACGCCCCGCCUGGCAACGACCACAGCUAGGCAUCCCGCUCGAAACCUCUACAUCCCGGCCGCAACGAGCACCAGCUGCCCAUCAUGAAGGUCACGUUUCGAGACCUCAAGCAACAAAAAUUCGUCCUCGACGUUGAGCCUACGGACAAGAUCUCCGCCGUCAAGGAGAAAAUCUCUGCCGAGAAGGGCUGGGAUCCCAAGAGCCAGAAGCUGAUCUACUCAGGCAAAAUCUUGAAAGAUGACGAUACCGUUCAGUCCUACAACAUCGAGGAGAAGGGAUUCGUCGUGUGCAUGGUAAACAAGCCUAAGCCUGCUCCUGCUGCUGCCGCACCACCGCCAGCUACUCCUGCGCCACCAGCGGCUGCCAGCACACCCGCCGCUCCCCCUGCGCCCGCCCAGCCUGCUACUCAAGCUCAAGCCGCUCCUCCCGCGACCCCGACUCCUAACCGGUCUACGGGGACGCCUUCUGGCCUGGCUAUGGGCUCUGAGCGGGCCGAGGCUAUCGCAAACAUGGAAGCCAUGGGCUUUGAGAGGACCCAGAUCGAGGCGGCUAUGCGCGCUGCCUUCAACAACCCGGACCGAGCCGUCGAGUACCUUCUUACUGGUAUCCCGGAGAGUAUCCAGCAGGAGCAGCAGCAACAGCGGGCUAACCCACCGCAGGCCGCCCCUGCAGCUGCUGCCCCUACUGCUGAUGACGAUGGUAGUGUUAACCUCUUUGACCUCGCUGCUCAGCGAAGAGGCGGGGGCGCCUCGGGUGGCUCGCCGGCCGCGGCCGCUGCUGGUGCCGCCCAAGGUGAUUUGGGUAACCUAGACUUCCUGCGCCACAAUGCCCAGUUCCAGCAGCUUCGCCAGGUGGUUCAGCAGCAACCCCAGAUGCUCGAGCCCAUCCUGCAGCAGCUUGGUGCUGGCAACCCUCAGCUCGCUCAGCUGAUUGCGUCAAAUCCGGACCAGUUCCUCCAGCUGCUUGGCGAGGAUGCCGAGGACGACGUCCCGCUGCCUCCCGGUGCCCAGGCUAUCUCCGUCACAGAAGAGGAGCGCGAUGCGAUUGAGCGGUUAUGUCGACUCGGAUUUGAUCGCGACCAAGCUAUUCAAGCCUACUUUGCAUGCGACAAGAAUGAAGAGCUCGCAGCCAACUUCCUCUUCGAUCAGCCGGAGGACGACGAGCCACCGACGAACUAGGGUUGGAACCGAGAAAACUAUCAUGACGACUUGACACAAUGGGGCGUAGGAUGACUCCGUGGCAAACCGCCGCACUCAUGUUACUUAUUGCAAAACACAGUAUCAUCUACAGGUUGGCCCGGCCGGACGAAGGAGGUACCGGCUUAAUUGGCCUGGAGAAGACUGGUAGGGACUGGGUAGGACGAGACGCUUUGAACAGGAUCUGAUGGAAGCUGUUGAGAUGGGACACCGGCAAACAACGAAACUCUUAUUCGGUGGUCCUUUCAGUAAAUAGCAAGACUGGUAUAG